AUGGUGUUACAAAAUUGUAUUCAGUCAACUGGAUUUGCAAUUUUAAAUCACGGGAUGGUCUACUAUGUGCUUGCAAAGCUUAAAAAUUUCGUCCCACACCUCCGGGAAGUCGAAGAUUGGGAAGAAGAAACAACCGUUAAAGAUAUUAACUUGAAAGAAAGUAUAUAUCUGUCAGCUGAUGAUUUGGGAAGUGUUCUUGCCAAAGAAAGUAAUGAGAAAGGCGUCAAGCUAUUAGAAUACAGAGACGAGGCCGACAGAAAAUGGUGGAAGUUUUUUGACGAAUAUGAGUAUAGAUUUAACAAAUAUAAGAGAUCAAAGCAUAAAUGGUACAGUUGGUUUGAAGAAGGAACUACCGCCGCCGAAAAGAAAUUGUUAAUCAAAUUGGAUAUAAUGGUAGCAUUUUAUUUAUUUGUCGUAUAUUGGAUCAAAGCGCUAGAUCAAAAUAACAUAGCGAAUGCUUAUGUUAGCGGUUUACAGGAAGAAAUUAAUAUGAAGGGAAAUGAUUAUAUUAAUGUAGUUACAGUUUAUAAUGUUGCUGCAGUUGUUUUUCAGUUUCCAUUCAUGUACCUAUUUCCAAAAUUUUCCCUACACUAUAUCUUACCAUUGCUUGACCUUGGCUGGGGCUUUUUCACUCUAGGUGCUUAUGCUGUUCAAAAUAAUAAUCAACUUUUAACGUUGAGAUUUUUCGUAGGUGCAUUCGAAUCUGCAUUUUAUCCUGCUGCCCAUUAUCUUAUGGGAUCGUGGUACUUACCUAAUGAAUUAGGUAGACGUGGGGCUAUUUACUAUUUUGGUCAGAUGAUUGGCACUAUCACUUCAGGGCUAAUGCAGGCUUCUAUUCAUCGAAGCUUAAAUGGUAUAAAUGGAUUAUCUGGUUGGAGAUGGAUGUUUAUUAUGGAUGCUGUUAUCACUCUUCCGGUCGGUAUCUUAGGCUUCUAUUUUGUUCCUGGUACCCCGAACAAAUGUUAUUCACUUUUCUUAACUGACGAUGAAAUCAGGCUAGCUAGAAGAAGAUUGAAGAAAGCAAAUAUUAAAUCUCCAUCCGAUAAGAGUCAAAGUAGGUUCAUGGAUAAGAAUUUAUGGAAGAGAAUCCUAAAAGAUUGGAAAGUUUACAUUUUGACUUUGUUUAGCACUGGAUGUUGGAAUAAUACGAACACUGGUGGUGCUGGUUACAUUUUAUGGUUGAAGUCUACUGGAAAGUGGUCUACUUCACAAGUUAAUGAUUUAUCUACAAUUACCCCAGGAAUUGGUGUUGCAUUAAUUGCAUUAUGCUGUGGCGGUGCUGAUCUAUUCAAUUCUAGGUUCGGUGCAAUUUGUUUAUCUCAGCUCUUAAAUUUCAUUGGCAAUUGUAUCCUUACGAUUUGGAAUGUACCAUAUGCCGCUAAAUGGUUUGCUUUUGGUGUACAAUACUCUGGUUGGGCCCAGGCAAGUGUUAUGUAUGCAUGGUGUAACGAUAUUUUAAGACAUGAUGCUCAAGAGAGAGCCAUUGUGUUCUUGUUAUUGUAUUCCAUCUCUCAGUCAACUAGUAUUUGGAUUACUAGGCUUGUUUGGCCGACUGUAGAGGCUCCAAGGUUCAAAAAAGGUUAUGCUACCACCAUGGCGUUCGCAAUAUUUUUAUUUAUAUGGUCUUUUGUCGUGUUGUACUUUUAUAAAAAGGAUGAAAGAAAGAAUGCAGAAAAGAAUGGUAUCAUUCUAUAUAACUCCAAAGCAGGUGACUUGCCGCCAGAAUUCGAGCGUCAUUUAGAGAACACCGAGAUUUCAAGUACAGAUGAAGUUAAAUUAAAGAGUGAGUUGGUCAUUGAAGAGAACGAUGAGAAAAAGUGUUAG